UCUGUGCCCUUCCCUGGAGCUUCCAGCCACCAGCAGAGCCCACCCUCUUCAUGGAAAGCCCAGUGCACUGUCCUCCUGGUGAUGGCAUCCGACAGUGAUGUGAAGAUGCUGCUAAACUUUGUGAACCUGGCGUCCAGUGACAUCAAGGCAGCUCUGGACAAGUCCGCACCCUGCCGCCGCUCCGUGGACCACCGCAAGUACCUGCAGAAGCAGCUCAAACGCUUCUCCCAGAAGUAUUCCCGGCUCCCGCGGGGCCUUCCCAGCAGAGCGGCUGAGCCUCAUCUGAAAAGGGGGCCCGAGGACCGGCCCGGGAGGCUGCCCCUCGAUUCUGGCCCUGAUUCCAGCCCUGGAGGGGGUGGGGGCUGCAAGGAGAGAGCUCUGGGGAAUCCCUACAGGGAGGAAUGUCUUUCUAAGGAGCAGACCCUACAAGGGCAGAAUCCAGAAGCUGCUAGACCUGGCCACGUGCCCAUGAGGAAAAGACAGCUGCCCGCUUCCUUCUGGGAAGAACCGAGGCCCACCCACAGCUGCCCCAUGGGGCUGGAGGGGGGACUGGGCCCAAGGGAGGGACCUCCCUAUGAGGGUAAGAAAAAUUGCAAGGGCUUGGAGACCUUGGGGCCUGAGACUGCCCCAGUGCCCAUGUCCCCAAGAGCACUGGCUGAAAAGGAGCCACUCAAGAUGCCUGGGGUCUCCCUAGUGGGCCGUGUCAAUGCCUGGAGCUGCUGCCCCUUCCAGUACCAUGGACAGCCCAUCUAUCCGGGCCCUCCAGGAGUCCUGCCUCAGAGCCCAGUCCCCAACCUGGGUGCAUGGAGGAAAAGCCCAGCUUUCCCUGGGGACCUGGCCUACUUCUGCAAGGAUGUGGACAGCCUGGGGCAGAAAGUGUACAGACCCGUGGUUCUGAAGCCCAUCCCCACCAAGCCGGCCAUGCCCCCACCCGUCUUCAACGUCUUUGGCUACCUCUAG